CCCAGAGUCACCCAGUUCCCCCCGGUGCCCAGGGGCCAGCCCGCCGCUCUGCCGAAGCCUCCUUCGGGCAUGCUCAGUGCGGGCCCCGGCAGCUGCCCGGCGCCCCGCCCCAGCCUCACCCGGAUACACACGCUCCGCCGCCUUCCACCUCCGCUCGCCGGGGAACGUGGAGCCGGGAGCCAGCUGAGCAGCGAGAGACGCCGCCGGGCGCUGCCUGCGGGCCGCUGCCGGGCUGGGUGCGCCCGCCCCCGGCCAUGGCCCCCAUGGGGAUCCGCCUCUCCCCGCUGGGGGUGGCCGUGUUCUGUCUGCUGGGCCUCGGCGUCCUCUACCACCUCUACUCCGGCCUCCUGGCCGGGCGCCUCGCCGGCCGCCUCGCGCUCUUCGUGCUGGGGGCCGGGGGCGGGCACGACCUUCCCUCGGACACGGUGCCCGAGGGCCCCGUGGACCUGCGGGAGCUGCUGGCCGUGUCCGUGCUGGCCGCCGUCAGGGGGGGCGAGGAGGUGAAGCGCGUCCGGGAAAGCAACGUGCUCAACGAGAAGGCGAAGGGCAAGACCCGCGAGGGGGCCGAGGAGAAGAUGACCAGCGGGGACGUGCUGUCCAACCGCAAGAUGUUCUACCUGCUCAAGAACAGCUUCCCCAGCGUGCAGAUAAAUACUGAAGAACACGUUGAUGCACCUGAUAAGGAGAGAAUUUUCUGGGAUCGCAGUAUUCCUGAAGACAUAAAGGAAAAAAUACAGUCUAAAGAGGUUCCAGCAGAAAGUGUGACAGUCUGGAUCGAUCCAUUAGACGCCACGCAUGAAUACACAGAGGAUCUUCGACAAUAUGUCACUACUAUGGUGUGUGUGGCUGUGAAUGGUGAACCAGUAAUAGGAGUAAUACACAAGCCCUUCUCAGCAUAUACAGCGUGGGCAAUGGUGGAUGGUGGGUCAAAUGUAAAAGCGCGUUCCUCCUACAGUGAGAGAACUCCAAGGAUUAUUGUGUCCCGCUCUCAUGCAGGAAAAGUAGAGCAGGUAGCACGGCAAACAUUUGGAAAUAAAACUGUGAUCAUCCCAGCAGGUGGAGCAGGCUAUAAAGUUUUAGCUCUCCUUGAUGUGCCUGACAAGAAACAAGAAAAAGCCGAUGUGUACAUUCAUGUGACAUACAUCAAGAAAUGGGAUAUAUGUGCCGGGAAUGCCGUGCUGAAAGCAUUGGGUGGUCAUAUGACUACCCUGACUGGCGAAGAAAUCAGUUAUACUGGCUCAGAUGGCAAUGAGGGGGGACUCCUAGCCAGUAUCAAUGUGGAUCAUCAAGCGUUGGUUAACAAACUCCCAGAUCUGGAGAAGGCAUCACAUAAACAAACAUAACUGCUGAGGAGUACACAAAUGUUUCUGCAGCCUCGACAUGUUCCGCCUAAGGAAACAGGCGUGCGAAGAGCCUGCGAGGGGACUAGGCACUGAGAGCCAAGGCCUCUCAGUGUUUUUUGGGGGACUACAUAUAGCAUUGGGCUUCUUCAUUGGUGGCGGUUACAAAUUCAGAAUUAGGAAGGCGACUGAACUGUCUCAUGCCAUCUUUUAUCUUUUGAGACUUUUCCGUACAGUUAUACUCAAGGUGCAUAUACAGAAUAUAUUUUGUGAAUAUAGGCAAACUAAAAGAAAAUCCAGAUGGGUACUUAGAUUAUUAUAAGUGGUACUUUUCAUAUGGAUUCUUGGAACACAUCACAUUGUUACAGUAUUGUAGCUGCUCCAACUUGAAUCAGGUAGAAGAAAGGAUUGAUUUAUGUAGUCACUUGAUAAUGCUGUAAUUCAUCUAGCUGGAAACCUAUGACCAUGUGUUCCAUAUUCCCUUGGAUAAAAAGCACAAGUUGCAUACACAUUUGUGUCUGCUUUCAACAGUUCCUCUGACAGAACAGUAUUUUUGAAUGAUCAGACAUGUUCUGUACUUGUUUGCUGAUAUAUUUUCUGAAAACUUAAACCAGUUUAAUUCACAUGAGAAAAUCAUGAAUAUUGGUGGUUUAUUAAUUAGUGUAAUUAUUUCUGUAUAUCUUUUUAAAAGAAAAUUGUGAUUCCUUGUAUGGGUUUUUAACAAACUUGUCCUUGUUUUCCGUUUGCAAUGUUAAAGGUGCAUGCUAGAUUUUUCUCUAAUGUGAGAUUAGUUCAAUGUUUGUCCCUGUAGAAGCAGCCUCCUUUCCUUUUAAUGUCAUUUUGUUCACUAAAUUACUAGACAAACACAUACAACAGUGUUGUUGGCAACAAUAAGUAGGUGGUUUAGCUUACAAUAUGGAUUUAAACUAGCAGUUUUUUAGAAUUCCAAAAUUAACUUGCUGGUUUCUUAAAGGUUGUCUUGUAUGAAUUCCCUUCAAAAGAUGUACUCUUUCCUUCUUCGCUGUAAGCACUCUAAUUCUGAACAGUCUGUGGCCACAUGUUCACCUUUUAAGUUCACCAUGGAAUUUAGCUCUGCAUUAAAUUACAACAUUUUUCCAUAACCCAAAAUGGGUUUGGGAAAUUUUUGGGGACCUGUGGCAUUGCUGUACCUCAGUUUGAAAUAGGAUACUUUUUAAUUAAUUCCACUUCCGAGUUUUAGCCCAGUUCAUAUGGGGCAAAACACUAGCCCUUUGAGGUCAGAUAACAAAUAGCUGCACCACUAAAAUCUUUGGGCCUUUCUCUUCUGAAAAUGUAACUGCCUAACUGGGAGUCUUCUUAGAGAGGUGGAAGAAUAAUAUUUAAUAAAGCAAGUUAAAAUGUACUUUUUUCUUUUUAGUACCUGUGGGUGUCUCAUCAUCUCAAGGAAGCUAAAAGGUUCAUUUAAACACAAUUUUUUUUCUCAGUUCUAAGUUUAUUCAGUACAAGUAUAGACCAUUUAUGCAAAAUUUAUAUUCCCCUGGUAAAAAUUUUAAUCUUCGCUCCAAUAAUCAUCCAUAUGGUAAAAGGAGUGUGACACUGCCUACAAAAUAACUUUAUAGUUCUUCUUAAAUCAAGAGGUUAAAUACAUCAAUGACUUCCUUAUGUUGCAAAAUAAAACAUAUGCUCCUUUUCAGUGGGCAGAUUUAUUCUGGACAAUUAAACUUCACUGCAAACUUCACUGAAGAACUAAAGUCAACGAUUUAGCAUGGCUUUAGUAAGAUUAUUUUGCAGGAGUACAAUGUUUUGGUUUUUUCCUUCUGGCUACUUUAAAACUACUUGGGACCUGAUUAAAAAGAUAGCUCUUUUACUACUAAUUAAAGAACAUGGGUUAAAUUUAAUCCUAGAAAUAGCCAUAGUUAGCAUAUUAGUAAAAGCUGAAUGCAUCAUAGAGAUAGGGCAUAAGAUGUUAAAUAAUACUAAGGCAAAGAUUUAUUUCGAAGGUUCGGAUUGGGAGACCAUGUAAACUUUUCCUAGUAAGUAUGUGACUACUUCUUGCUUUGGGGCUGAUUCUGCCAACCCUACUUGCAUAGAGCUAGGUUGUGGACAGACUGCAUGCCCAAGGAAGGUAAGAAGGGAUAAUAACUCCCCUUACAUCCCUACAUAUACUUAGAUCAGGGAGUAAACGAGGAUAUUCACCUGCUUAAUCACUCCCCAGAGUAGGUGACCAGGGAAUGGGCAAAGGUAUGGCUCCACUCCCCCUACUUGCUGGCCACAGCGGCUAGCUUUGAGUCAGCAAGACUAUUUGCUCACAGUUACUGCAUCCUUAGGUGUUUUGCUGCAUCAGGUCCAGAGUAUUCAACACCUUGCAGGAUCAAGCCAUUAUUAUGGGUAUAGGCCAGCCGUAAAUUACUAUCUCUGAGGCCUAAGGAGAAGGCCGUGGAGGAAUUGUGAUUCAGAGGCAUGCAGGGCUGUGCCUAGAGUCUCACAAUCUAGCGCAAAGAGGCAUUCCCUCGAAGUUGGCAGAAUUGGGCCCUUGAUUAACAUCAAGCUUUCUGAUGUUUUCAUAUUAGAAAGGAAUAACUUUUUUUGCACAGACCAGCUAGUAUUUAAAAGUACUUAAACAGUGCACAUCUGGGUUAUUUGUGAUAAAACUAAGGCCCUGUCUACACUAUCCAUUUUACCAUGAUUAUGCUGUGUUCCUAAACAUGGUAUUAGCCCAGCUUGGAUAUAACAGUUUGAUCUUGCUCAUGUGUUCAGCAUGGUAAGGGAUCAUACUGUAACAUUAUCCUCUACAAGGGCUGGAGCACAGGUCCUUACUUUGGUUACAACAACACUUUGGUCUCUUCCACAUAAAGCAAACCCUGUUGUACCAUGGCAGUACAAUAUUUAGGCAUGCUGGUGAAAUAUAACAUUUACAGUGCAGUUGGGGCCUACAAUAGUACCUCUUAUAUAAAUUUUUAAUGUAACACUUCUAUCAUAGCUACUAAAAGGGAAGCCCAGGAUAACGUUUUAUUUUGGCACUAGUUUUUAUUUUAACUUGAUAUUUCAACCAGUGUUCUAAGGCUUUAGAGUACCUUGAUUUGUAAUCCACUUUGUUUUUCUCAGAACCAUAGUUCACAGUAAAAGGUGGUGUAGAUGCUACAUAGCACUGUACCAAAAGUUAUAAUUUGCAUUCCUUGAAUGCCAAAUAUUUCUGAAUAAAUAAACAUGGAAAUAAAAGGGUUGAAUAUUGUGCUUACAAAA